UGUUUGACACAUUGCUUCCGGACAACAACUUCCGGGAGUAGCCGGCUAAAUUUUGUUUUGUUUAACAUCUGCAGAGAUAUCGUUUAAUAUCAUUGUUGUACAAUGGCAAUCGUCAAACAUCUGUCAUUAGUGUUAGUAGCACUUGCAUUUGUUUCUGCUGCGGUGAACAGACAGGAUUCUAUCAAUGGCGAUAUAGUCGUCUCUGCUGCCGAUAGGAAAGUUGACAUUUCAACCCACUUAGUGAAAAUCAACACGGCAUAUACAUUAGAAAAUGCUGGCAAGUCUUCGGUCGGGUAUUUCCUUGUUCCAGUCGAUACGGGUCUUGCAGAUUCUCUCUCAUUCUUUGGAGCUGCGCUAAAAGCAAGUGGGGAUGAAAAAGGCCCAGCUCUGACAGUUUCACAGACUACUGUAUCUGGUCAUAGUGAUAAGCAGUUCUGGAGAGUAAACCUGCCAUCAGCCGUAGAGAGUGGCAAGACUGUGGAUGUGAAUGUGGAGACGGUGUUUAGCCAUGCACUGACCCCAUUCCCAAGGCAAAUUACUCAGGCUGAGAAGCAGUAUGUGGUUUUCAAUGGGAACCUGCAUGUCUUCUCACCAUACAAAGUGAAAACACAGAAAACCACAGUCACUACUGCAUCCAACACUAUUGAAUCCUUCACAAAAACCAAGCCAAAUACUCAGACUGAGAACACCAUAACAUAUGGACCAUUUGAGAACAAGGAACCUUUUUCAGAGGCUGAGCUGCGUGUGCAUUCUGAGAACAACACCCCCUUUCUGACGAUCACCAGCAUGGAGCGUGUGAUUGAGGUCUCCCAUUGGGGCAAUAUUGCAGUAGAGGAGCACAUUGAGGUCAGACACACGGGCGCAGAACUCAAGGGACCCUUCUCCAGAUAUGACUACCAGAGAUCUGCCGACCAUGGGGCCUCUGUGAAAUCCUUUAAGACUGUUCUACCAGCAGCAGCCCGUGAUGUGUACUACAGAGAUGAGAUCGGUAACAUCUCUACCAGUGCCAUGCGGGAGCUCGAUGACAUGGUAGAGUUGGAAUUGAGACCAAGAUUCCCUCUGUUUGGAGGCUGGAAGACCAAGUACACCAUUGGUUAUAACGUGCCAAGCUAUCAGUACCUCUUUAAUGAAGGUGACCAGUAUGCUCUGAAGAUGAGGUUUGUAGACCAUGUGUUUGAUGACCUUGUCAUCGACCAGAUCACCUUCAAGGUCAUCCUGCCAGAGGGAUCCAGUGGUAUGGAGCUGAAGACGCCAUUCCAAGUGCAGAAAGGUGAGAAUGGGUUACACUACACCUACUUGGACACUGUUGGGCGACCUGUGAUUGUGGCAUACAAGAACAACCUCGUUGACCAGCACAUUCAAGACUUUGAGCUUCACUACACGUUCCAGAAGUGGCGACUCCUGCAGGAACCCCUGCUCGUGGUCGGGGCCUUCUACCUGCUUUUCCUGGUCGUCAUUGUCUAUGUCAGGCUCGACUUCUCCAUCACCAAGGAUGAGGCUAAGGAGAGCAAGAUGCGCGUGGCCAGCCUACUGGACGAGGUGCAGAGCGCACAGGACCGGCGCAGCGCCCUUUACCAGAGUUACGACGACGCCGUUGACAAGUACAAGUCAAGCAAGGAUCAGGCCACGUUUGUGAGCACCAGGAAGAAAAUAGACGCAGACUAUAAACAGUUGACCACCCAGUUACAGGGCCUGCAGACCCAGCUGAAGAAUGAAGGCUCCGACCUGGCUGAAAAGGUGGCAGAGUUGAACCGGCAGGACCAGCAGUACAAGGAGCAGCUAGGGGCCCAGGUGACCCUUGCUGAGAAGCUGGUGGCAGGCAAACUCAACAAGGCACAGUAUGUGGACUCCGACAAGGCUAUAGAGGACAAACGUAGUGAAAUCUACAAGAAAAUGGAGGACAUCUCCUCCAGUCUUAACUGAUUCUAUGGCCGUGAAGUUAUCUAGGGCACUUGGCUUGGUUUGAUUUUAUUAUCUUACUACCAAGACAGGUUUUUAAGUGAUCGAUACUUAUUGUUAAAUCUUGCCAAAUGAUCAUGGAGGAUUUUUUUUAGAUCCAAGCUCAAUGAAAGACAUAUAAAGAUUUUCUUUCAGAAAUUAUGUGUUCUAGAAAACUUCACUGCUAAAUAAAACUCCCAUUAGGUUUAUCAAAUUGCAUACCAAAAUGUGUGUAUGUUUCAUAUUGUGCUGAGUUUUGAUGUUUGUGUACAAUUUCAAAUAAACUUUUGGUCGAUUUGGAUGUGAAUAUAACGAAUGUAACAAAUGGACAUUAGCAAUUUAAUAUUAAGUAUUUAAUAAAAGUAUUUUAUUUGUCA